CUUAAAGGUCUGGUGCCUGGUUGGAGCACGACAAUGGAGACCAAUGCUCCUCCGAAAAUGCGCUCUCCCCGUCGGCGCGCCACAUCCAAACUUCUUCAAUGUUCACAACCUGAGGCGGCUGUCAAUGGCUUCCGCAGGAAUACCCGCUUCGUCCAGAGUGCAGUCCAUUGCUGGCCAGGGACAUGAUAGGCCUCCGCCUUCCUCUACCUGUCUCACUUCUUCCCGAGUUCGCCGUCACGUCGCACACAACUACACUUGGGACCCGGAGAAUGGCAUAGUGUUUUCAAAAUGCAGAUACAGCUCUCGAGCCUCUUGCGCUCAGGGGAAACACCUACGCAAGCGAAAGAGAAUUAGUCUGAACGAGUUUGCUUCCAACAUAAAGAUGACUCUGAACACCGCAGACCAAGACAAUUUUCUUACAUUUGGGAGAGUGGGGUCUUUCUGCAGCGACAAGUCCGACAGCAUUCUACACAUUUCUUGCCCUCCCACAUGGAUGGCAUCGCCACUUUCUCUAAAACACAAGAGGGAAGCAGCAUUACACAAGUUUGAGACAACACCACCAAGCCCUGGAUCCAAGAAAGAAUGGGGAAUAAGCGAAGAGGAGGGGGAGAUAAUGGUGGAGGGGAUCACUCAUGAAGUUGCACUUCUUCACUCACGCCAUCUUCCCUAUACUGUUCGGUUCAAGCAAGCCACCGCUUCAUUAAACCCCACCAGCGUCUCCGCUUCUAACGUUGACUGCAUCCUGAUACAGUGGUCUAGGCGACCAGAUAAUCCCAUAAUGAAAGAGAAGGCGCCCUUGGAUCGAGCUCGCUUGGGCAAAGCUAUUGAUGAACAGCUAAGAUAUGAGCAGUUGUGGAAAACUAGACGACAGCUACUUCGGAACUCACGGUUGCAGGCAGUCGUUCAUUUCCCAGAUAAAAUUCGAACUCGGUGGAAUAACUCACAUCAUCAAAUCAGGAUGGUUCCGAACACAAGAAAAGGCGUUAAAACCCAAAGGACUUCAUUGAUAUCUUCUCGGCCGUCGAAGGCAACGCGCACGACAAAAAUAGAUGAGACGAGAAAAUCUUCGUCACCUUACUCGAUGCCAGCUACCCCUGCCCCACUCUGUCUGGGAUCCAGAGAUGAAAACGCGGCACAGCAACUUGCCAAUGGCGGUGUACGCUAUGCCAUCAGACGUAGUGGAACUGGUAGCAUUUUUACUAGACUUGGUGAGAUUCCCAGCCAAGGAAGGCUUAGACUUUCUCCAUCACCACGACUGAGCGCGCCUCACUCAGCACCUGUGCUGAAGGAUUCAAAAUCACUGGUAGAUUCAGAAGAAGUUGACGGGCAAGAAGUGUCCAAUAAACACGACAUUCCCAAUCAGUUAGAAGAUAAUCCCGGACAAGGAGAGCCCAAGGAGCCAGAGUUGCUUGGUCAGUUACAUUCCAUUGCAAGUAACGGAGUGACCACUUGCCCUGGAGGUGAAUGUGAGUUGCCGUUGUCCUUGACAACAAAUCUACUAAACGAAGACGUCAAUGAAUAUUCCGGUGGUGACACGAAAGUGCUUGCAAAAUCGGGAAACACUUCUAACAACGAAGGUGAACCUCACAAAGACAACACCUCUACUGGCGCAGGAUCGCAAAUAGCAUCAAUCUCUGAUAUGAAUGAAGCAUCUGAGUCUGAACAUUCGAGUGACGGAGAACAAGGCAGUAAGUUUCUAGGAGACACCGAGCCUGAGUCCGAAACCGAGGAUACCCAGGAGCAGCAUGUCCCCCUCACAUACCAGAUCCCUCCAGGUGUCCUACGCGCUGCGAUGCAGGCUUCCCCAAACAGUGAUGGAGGCUACUACCGCUACAACUUCUACCGCGGCCCAAACGAUCAGCACGUUUCCACCCACUAUUGCCAGAGCUUUCAAGUUGCUGAACGAGUUGCGAAGUACUUCGUAGGUGAAAAGGUUGUGGGCUUCGAUAUCGAGUGGAAGCCUCGGGCGACCGCGAAAGGAGGAAUCAAGGAGAAUGUAUCCUUGAUUCAACUUGCUUGCGAGGAUCGAAUUGCAUUGUUUCAUCUGGCCAUGUACAAAGGAACAACGCCCACAGAACUUGUUCCUCCAACUCUAAGGGCUAUCCUCGAAGACCCCAACAUCUGCAAGGUCGGUGUCGCUGUCAAGGGGGAUUUCAACAGACUCGAAACAUGGCUUGGUAUCAAAGCACGUGGUCAGUUCGAGCUAAGCCGGCUUCACAACCUUGUCGAAUUCCACACAACUGAACCGUCACGAGUUAACAACAAGCUGGUUUCUCUUGCUAAACAAGUUGAGCAGCACCUACAGCUACCUCUGUUUAAGGGUAAGGUCCGGGAAAGCGACUGGAGUGAGCCCGUGCGGUUGACCCGCGAGCAGAUCACGUAUGCUGCUACGGAUGCUUAUGCGGGGUUUCGCAUCUAUGAUAUUCUAGAUGCGAAACGAAUGCUGUUACGACCAACACCUCCUCGGCCAUCUUGCGUAGAGCACGAUCCACUUGUUGCCAAACGAGUCAAGGCCGUUCCCAAAGCAAUCGAUGUGCCUAAAGAAGACGAAAUGGAAGACGACGAAUAUGAAACUGCUGCUGAGGAUUUCGCUAAAGAGGAAGUGUCAUCCGAGAUCGAGUCGUCGUCGGAGUACUCGGGACAGAGUGAUGGCCCUGAUGCCGACUACGCGCUACUAACGGGAGGUAUCGAACGCCCUUUUAUUAACCCAGAUCACACCAAUGGCGCAGCUGAUAGUCACGUACCCCUAACCGGGCGUGUUGGCUGUAUUCGCCUAGCGGGGCUUGCGGGACCGGAUCCUGCAUACCCUAUGCUCCCCGAGAUACCUUCUUCCGAAGAGGGAAUCGAAUCAGAUUCGUCUUCUGUAUUUGAAACCCCUCCAAAACGCCUUGGUCGCCGCAUUACGCAAAACAUCGGUCCAGGACCACCGUCGGGCGGUCCGGACGCUGCAGCGCUAUCUAUGGAUAUAGGAACGGAGGUUAGCACGCAUCAUGAAGUGGAUCAUACAACUGAGAAACCUGAAAAGAAAACGCCUAGGAAGACGACAUCUCGUGCACGAAACCUAGGUGUCAGGCCCAUAUUUCAGCAAUUCGAAAACAGGGAAAGGACAAAUAGCAUUACCGCAAACGCAGGCAAAGACGAAAAGAAGAGGGAAACUAAACCCAUUACCGACACCGCAGUACCACAUCAACCGCAGGACUCCGCAGCCAACAACCCACCAGAGCCCUCAUCCGAAUCCCUCCCAACAUUUACACCCCUCGAACCCAUCGCAGCCUCCAAAUCCCUCGAAUACACCCUCGCCGAUACUUGGGCCUCCGAACACGUCUCUUCCACCAUUCCUUCCCCAUCUUCGUCCAUGUCUAUAUCCCCGCUGGCCCGUAUUCAUGCCACCGUGCCGCACCUCCGCGCAUAUCAUCUCUGGCACCAUCAACGUUUGCCCCUAUCUGAGAUAGCGAAGCAUCUUCGCGAUCCGCCGCUCGCGCAGUCGACGGUGAGUAGUUAUAUCUUACAAGCGGUAACGUUGGAGAGGCUGGAUUCUAGAGCAGAGGAUUUGAGGGUAUUAUUGAGGGGUCUGCCGGAUUGUUUGAGGAAGGGAAGGUUUAGGUGGCUUGUUGAAAGGGUGGGUGGCUUUGAUGAGUAAAGAUUGAUGAAUUCAGUGGUGCUGUAAGAUUCUUCGGUGAGUUGGCGGAAAUUGUUUCGACUCCUGAGAGUCACAAUUUUGGGGCUGGAAUGUUAUGAAUAAUUUAGUUUGCUUGUACAGGCAUUGGUGUGGCUGUUUGGCUAGUGGUGGAUAUGCAUACACUUGUACAGUACACAUACACUGCAUUUGAAAGGCGUUCGAGAGAUUGAAUUACUGUUAAAUCAGCAAAAGCAUUGUAGCAUGCACGACACCUAGAC